AUGGCUUGGCAAAAAAUUUUGUAUCGUCGACAAAAUGAAUACGCUGACAAUUAUUCGGGUGGAGAUGAACAAUUUUUGAGUGAACUGAGGAAAAAUCAAUCGGUUGUACGAUAUGAAUAUUGGGAAGCUGUGAGGGGAACUAUUAUUUUGAUGUGCCAUUUUGAUGUCAUAUCAUUGUAUUUUGCACUCUUUUUUAAUGUAUGGAUACAACUUUGGGAGAAAUAUUGGGUCUUUAAGGGAAAAUUUUAUAUUUUUGAAAACAGAGAAAACAGUUUUAAAAUUUUUCAAAGUUAAAUGUGUAGUUUAAUUCUUGAAAAAGGUCAAUUUUUGGACUUAAGUCAAACAACUUUCAAGAAAAAAGUUUGUUUCUAAUAAAAAACCUCUCCAAGAAAAAUUACCUAAUUAGUUGGACAAAAUGUGACUAGAAUGCUAAAUUAUUGACAGAAAAACUGAACUUUUUUCUGAAAAAAAAACUAAAUUUCUGAACAUUUUCAGAUUCUCCACAAAAAUUGGCCAUCUCAAAUAUUGGACGCAGUUUUCCUUUGCGUCAUCAUCGCCUACAUUUUCUUCUGUCAAAUUUUGGCGCUAAAACAGUUGGAUAAGAAAAAUCAUGGGAGAACAUUGGUUACAUUGAUUUUAUUCGGAUAUGCGUUCACACCAGUUAUAAGGUAGAAAAAAAACAGAAAAUUGUGGGGGAACAUUUUCGGCGAAAGAAAGAAAAUGAAAAUGAGAAAGAAAAUAAUUCAAUUUUUCAUUUGAGACAAAAAAUUAUGGGUUGCUUGGGUUUUCGUUAAAAAUUAAUGUUCGCACUUAUUUCGCGCCGUGGAAAACCUCAAACAUCAUAAGAUUUUGGCACCAAAAAUUACCUCGAAAUGUUCAUUUCAGGACUUUAACAACAUCAAUCAGUACGGAUACAAUUUAUGCAGUUUCAAUAAUUUCAGCAAUUAUCAGCACAAUUUUUCAUGAUUAUGGUGUAAAAGGACCAAUGUAGGUUCUAAAUUUCUUUUUGUUGUCAAAUAAAAAUCUGGGAAAUUUUCAGAGUUUCUUAUCCGAUUUCAAUGAGCAGUGGAUUGUGCUCCGCGAUUUUUCUAUUAUCUCGAUUGGAGAAUAAUUGGCAAGCCUUUUCACUUCUUGUCAUUGCUUUUGCACUUCAUUCUUAUGCUUCAGAAUUUCGGUAUGUCAUUCUAUUAAUUUCAUAUAAAUAUAUUAUGUUUUUUCAGCCUUCAAAUGUUUGCAAAAUUUCCUCAAACAUCUCAAUUAAUAUCUCUAAUUUUCGCCGGGUUUUCCACAUUUUUCAUGUGCCAAUUUUCAACCGAACUCGCCAUUUUCUGGACUUUUCUCCAUAUUUUCGUUGUUUUCAUCUGUCCUUGGAUUUUGGUUAGAAAACAAAGUGCAAAAUGUACAAUUCAUGGACCAUGGGAUGAAGCUGUGCCUUUAAAAUCUAUGUAA